AUGGGGGAGAUAGUGAAAGAAGUGAAGAAACAGUUGGGGCUUGCAGGUCCUCUGUUUAUUAUAGGAUUAUUACAGUUUAGUCUGCAACUCAUUUCUGUAAUGUUUGUUGGUCAUCUGGGACAGCUGCCUCUUGCCGCUGCUUCUUUAGCAACUUCAUUUGCAUCACUCACCGGCUUCACUCUUUUGAUGGGAAUGGCUAGUGGAUUGGACACCUUAUGUGGGCAGGCAGUUUGAGCAAAGCAAAAUGAGAUGGUUGGAAUACACACACAAAGAGCUAUGUUUGUUCUUUCCCUUAUUAGUGCACUCCUUGCCAUUAUUUGGGCAAACACAAAAUCUAUCUUAAUUUUGUUGCACCAAGAUCAUCAAAUUUCACAUGAAGCAGGGGUAUAUGCAUGCUUCAUGAUUCCAACCAUUUUUGCUUAUGCUCUUCUUCAAUGCCUUAUCAUUUUCCUACAAACCCAAAGUAAUGUGUUUCCAAUGAUGUUCAGUUCUGCCAUUACAGCACUGUUACAUGUUUUGUUGUGUUGGGUUUUGGUGUUCAAAUCUGGCCUUGCAAGUAAAGGAGCUGCUUUGGCAAAUUCCAUUUCUUACUGGAUUAAUGUCUUGUUUUUGCUACUUUAUAUCAACUUUUCUUCCUCUUGCAAGACAACAUGGACUGGAUUCUCUAAGAAUGCCUUGCAUGAUAUUCCCACUUUUUUGAAAUUUGCAAUCCCUUCAGCUCUCAUGCUAUGCUUGAAGGUGUGGACAUUUGAGAUAGUGGUGCUUCUAUCUGGUUUGCUUCCUGACCCAAAGCUGCAAACUUCAGUGCUAUCAUAUGGUUGCCUGAACACCUUUGCAUUGGUGUGGAUGAUUCCUUUCGGACUGAGCGGUGCAGUGAGCACAAGGGUUGCAAAUGAACUGGGAGCUAGAAGACCAGAAGCUGCAAGUUUAGCAGCAAAAGUGGUGGUGUGCAUGGCUCUUAUUCAAGGCAUUUUGAUAGGACUACUUAUGAUAGCAAUGCGCAACAUUUGGGGGCAUGUUUAUAGCAAUGAACAAGAAGUAAUCAAAUAUGUAGCAGCCAUGAUGCCACUCCUUGCUAUCUCCAGCUUUUUUGAUGCAAUUCAGAGUGUUCUUUCAGGGGUUGCUAGAGGAUGCGGGUGGCAGAAGAUCGGAGCAUAUGUGAAUCUGGGUUCCUUUUAUAUAGCGGGGAUUCCUUGUUCUAUAAUACUAGCUUUUGUUAUACAUAUGAAGUCUCAGGGGCUUUGGUUGGGGAUCAUAUUUGCACUUCUUGUACAAGGCUUAAUCCUCUUUGGCAUCACAAUACGCACAGAUUGGACGAAACAAGCAAAUGAAGCUGCAAAAAGAAUGCAGCUUUCUGAAACAUCAACCGAUGCAAUGCCACAAGCCUGAUCCCCGUAUACAAUUCACUUCAUCGGGAUUGAAUAUCGUGUUCACCAACUACAAGUCAUCUUUUGCUACUAAUCAAAUGUGAGCUUCAAUGUAAGUUUUACCAUUAGAUGUAAACUCUUAAGACUAAAUAUGGGAAAACAGAACCUGGUACAGAGGAAGCAACAUAACUACUGAAACAAAAUCAAGCGGACAUCUUUUAGCAUUUUCGCACUCAAA